AUGGCGCUCACCACACGACGAGCAGUCACAGGAGCUCCCUUGGCAAAGCUCCUCGCCACCACAGCGACUCGAUGUGCCUCGACAAUUUCUGUGAUACCGCCUCGGCAACAGUCUGAAGGCGGCAGCAGCGACGGCAGCAGAAGCGGCAGCAGAAACUCCGACCGCCACAGAAAACCGGCCAAGACAUCCGCGAAGCGCACCGUCUCGCGCAUGCUCUCCGUCGACGUCGCCAAGUUUAUGCGCCCCUCCGACGGCCACCUGACGACGACGCCCGAGAAUGCGCGCUUCUUCCGCGCGAACCCGACCGUCGACCACGACCACGGCAUCAUGACGCGCCUCGAGACCACCGACGCCGUCCGCAGGCUCGCCAAGACGUACCGCGUGCGGCUCGCCUGGUCGCCGCGGCACGUCAUCCACCCGCACCGCCUACGCUUCCUCGACCCUCGCGGCCACCCGCUCGCGCCCAAAAUCCGCAGCGACUGCGCGCGCAAGGCCCGAGAGGACGCGCUGUGGGCGUUUGCGACGGCGGUUGGAGGGGACAGCGCUGUCGUGUGGCAGCUGACGAAGCGCGAGCUGCUGCGCGCCGUGUUCCGCAGCCUGACGGCCCUGGGGUACGACGAGCACGGUCGGAAGCAGGACGGGACGGAGCUGCUUGGGACGCUGUGGCUCACGGUGUCGCAGGCGCAGCAUGCGCGGCGGCUGCCGGUCGAGGCCUUUGGAGAGGUGGUGGCGGAUACGCUGGACAAGCACUACGCGACACGGCCAGAGGAGCGUCGCGCGGCGCUGGUGGCCGAUACUGUCGGUGCGGAAGAGGACACGAGAGGGAAGAAAGAGCCGAGUGAUGGCAUGAAGAGGCGCGCGAAUAAUUCAAAGCCGUGGACACCCCGAGAACAAGCUGGUGAGAGGGGCAGGCACGUACCCGCGGCGGAAGCGGAAUCGUCCAUGACUUGGCAGCCACGGAAAAGAACGUGA